AUGCUACGAAAACCACCAUUGCUCCAAUUUGGGUCACCAUUAGAUGCGGGCGCAUCUCUCAUAUUCUGCCUUCCGAGCAUUUCUCGUAUUCGAGCACCGAGGAGGCAUCCCAGAUCCUGCGCGGCGUACGCAACUGUGGUCGAAGCACCCAGAUACGAUGCCGAAUAUGAUGUGGUAGUCGUUGGCUCGGGAGCAGGAGGACUAACGGCUGCCUUGGCCGCAAGUCUCAAAGGCAACAAGGAAGUCCUGGUUGCCGAGAAAACGAAAUGGUUUGGCGGCACGUCAGCGUACUCGGGCGGAGCUCUGUGGCUGCCCAUGAAUCCCGUGUCAUUGUCUGCAGGUUUCCAGGACUCGAGAGAACGAGCAGACACAUACUUGCGCAACUACCUGAAAGAAGACUACGACGCUGCCAAACCGAUGGUGGCAGCCUAUCUUGAAGCGGCUCCGGCGAUGACCGAUUUCCUGGAAUCCAACUCGGCGACAAAGUUCGUCGCGGCACCGACGCCAGACUACUACAUGGAUCUCGACGGUGCUUGCAAGGCUGGAAGGACCGUUUUGAAUGCGCCAUAUGACGGGCGAAUGUUGGGUCGUAUGGUCAAACAAGUGCGAUACCCGCUGCAGGGGUACUGCGCCUUUGGAUCAUUACAAGUUGACCUCCUGGAGAUGAACAAUUGGAGACAACCAUUCCGAAGUCUAGGGAACUUUUCAGCCGUCACAGCAGGUGUGCUUCGAUACGCCUUUGACCGAGUGCGGUGGGGAAAAGGGACUAGGCUGUGCAAUGGCAAUGCCUUGGUUGGUCGUCUACUAGAGAAAUCUGAGAAAUCUGGUAUCGAUCUGUGGAACAAUGCUGCAGCUGUAGAGCCGCUUCUGGAAAACGGGCGCGUCACCGGCAUGACGAUCAGCAGGAAUGGCCAGAAGAUAAGAGUCCGGGCACGGAAAGGAGUCAUUCUCGCAAGUGGCGGCUUUUCAAGAUCAGCCGAACUAGCCCGCAAAUACCUUUCACACCCCGAACACACAGUCAGUCCUCGAGGAAAUGUGGGCGAUGGCAUGCGGUUUGGUCUCGCAAGUGGAGGAAGCUUGCCGGAACCCCUGGGUGAAGAUGCGGCCUUGUGGUCUCCCAUAUCGAUAUUGAACUCUCCAAAGGGCCCAGCUCGUUCUUAUCCUCAUUUCGCUACCGCCAUCACCAAGCCAGGUUCGAUCAUGGUGGACGGCGACGGCAAACGGUUUGUCAACGAAGCAGCGGCAUACCAGGACCUGGGACGCGCGACUCACAAGGCUGGUGUCCGCGUGUCUUACUUGAUCGGCGAUAAGCGACAUCUGCGGAACUAUGGAAUGGGUAUGGCUCUACCGGGAGGGUAUCCUAUCAGACACCUCAUCAAACGUGGCUAUCUCAUCACAGCCCGAAGUAUUCCAGCACUCGCAGAGAGGAUCGGAGUCAGUCCUGCUAACCUUUCAGCCACCAUCGAACGGUUCAACGGUUUCGCUCGGAAAGGCAAGGAUGAGGACUUUGGCCGAGGGGACGGAUCAUUCGACCAAGCUUACGGUGAUCACGAAAUGAAGCCGAGUCCAAGCUUAGCACCAAUCGAAAAAGGUCCAUUUUAUGCUUUGACGUUAUACUCGGGGAACGGCAUUACUAUGUAUGGCUUAAACACGAACAAGGACGGUCAGGUGCUGAAGGAGUCAGGGGAGCCAGUCCCUGGUCUGUAUGCCGUGGGUGCGGACUCGAAUCACUUCUUGCGAGGGAAGUAUCCUUCUGGGGGUCUGACUCUAGGCCCAUCAAUGGUCUUUGGGUACCGUGCGGGUGUGCAUAUUGCAGGUUGA